UCUAACAACUAUGUUCUAGUUUUAACUUCAAUCUUCCUAUAAUGUUAAGCAAAAAAACCAGUGAAUAUGUCACUCUCUAUAGCUCCAGCUUAUCCAUUUUCUGUGAACAAAGCUUCCCAUGUUCAUGGUGGCUUCAAUCAAAACAACAGAUGGAGGCAGAGAUGCCCUGUAAUAAGAUGCCGUGUAAGAACAGACAGGAAUUACUAUGAGUUGCUGGGAGUUUCAGUUGAUUCAGACGCCAGAGAAAUCAAAGAGGCUUAUAGGAAGUUGCAGAAGAAGUAUCACCCUGAUAUUGCUGGCCAAAAGGGUCAUGAGUAUACUCUAUUGCUGAAUGAGGCUUAUAAGAUCCUGAUGCGAGAGGAUCUCAGGAGAGACUAUGAUGUUUCCAUUGGUCAAUUAAGAAUGCGGCAUGGAAGGAACAACAAUAAAAAUGUCAUGGGUUUCAGCUCCUGGAAAGGGCCAUUCAGACCCCAAGCUCUGUUUGUUGAUGAAAAUGCAUGCAUAGGCUGCAGAGAAUGUGUGCACAAUGCGAGUAAAACAUUCGUGAUGGAUGAAGCCAUUGGAUGUGCACGAGUCAAAGUUCAAUUUGGAGAUAGUGAUCAGAAUAUUCAGGUUUCGGUGGAUUCGUGCCCUGUGAACUGUAUUCACUGGGUUGACAAGGAAGAGUUGGCAGUGCUCGAGUUCUUGACUCAACCUAAACUCAAGGAAGGAUAUGGCGUAUUUGGACAAGGUUGGGAAAGACCAAGCAAUAUUUUUGCAGCAGCGAAGUCAUUCAAUAAACAGCUGAAACGACAGCCUGAGAAUUUUCGAAGUAAUGUGCAACGAGCAACUGUUGAAGAAGAGACCCCUGCUCAAGCUGAAGCUCGAGCCAAUGCUACCAUGAAAAUCAAGAUGGAGAAAUUCUCAACAAUCUGGAAUUUGGUGAAGAGAUUUCUUUGGUUUAAAAAUCAGGAGUAAAAAGUGAAUUAUGCAUACAAUAAAAAGGGCCUUUUCACCUUACAAGGAUCUAAGUUGCCAGCUACAAAUUAUUACAACAGAGUACCAUAGAUCACAAAGACAAUGCCCAGUUAUAGAAAACAAUUGAAAAGGUCAACAAAGAAUGCCAGACUCAGAAGAUCAUAUGAAAUCCCAGGAUCUACAUAUUCGGAAAAGAAAUUUUAGGUCCUAAUUAGGCACCAGCAGUAAUCUGCAUAUAAUGUUCAAGGGAAACAUCUAUCACUUGAUUUCUUCUAUAUGAUCAGAUCUCUUCUCAAGUAUAGUUCAA